AUGUCAAUGUUCUGUCCUGUUUCAAAGAAGAAGCUUAACAAUCUCUGUCGAUGCUUUUCAUCUGCAACCAGAAGACAACCGUAUGAACCAAUUCGUAUUCAACAACAUGAAGAAGGUGGCGAUCUAACGUUUUCUGUUUCUGAGUUGAGUCUUCAUGGAAAAGCGGCAUUAGCCCAUUUUGAUCCUUAUUAUACAGAAGCAUAUGGGACAGUUGGCUGGCGAUCGAUGCGUAUCGCGCUGCUUAUGCCACCGAAGAAAGCUCUCUUGUUCAAUCGAUACUUCCCUAAUGUCACAUUAUCAUCAGCAAUACCUAGCAAAUUUCAUUCAAUUUUACCUGGUACAGAUUUUAUACGUACCUUGGGCAAAUAUCAGAAUUCUUCCCUGCCAGAGGAGGAUGUUGUUGUACACAAUGAUGAUGAUGUUGAUGAGAAUCCACCGACCAUUCAUGAGGUUGUAAGCACAAUGGAGAAAAGUGCCCCACGCAGACAAUUCUUAACCCGAUAUAACCCUUCAGACGAUGCGAUGAGCGCAACGAAUCUCAAUGAAUUCAUUCCAUCAACGGAAUUGAUAAGUGAAAAUGAAAUGUAUGAUUACAGGAUCACAAGGGAUCCAUUUGGUUUACAAUCCACCUUGAAUGUAAUAACCGAGAAAAUUGACCUUCCAACUGGAUUGUGUAUUAAGUGUGCCCCACCUGGUCGACUAGUCAGUAUUCCAGAACCUUUGUAUGUGAAUGGACAAUUCAGUUUCCAUAAGAUGGAUUUGGGUUCCGCAGUGACUGUUUUAGCCCUGAACUUAAAGAAGAAUGAUAAUAUGUUGAAUAUGUCUACAUUUUCAGGGACGAAAUCAGUGAUCGCUUUACAAACUGGAUUACUAAAUCGCUUAACAUGCGUAGUCCGUUCACCAUCACGUACAACUCAUGUUCAACAAAUAACUGAAACAUUUCAACUGCCUGAAAACACUACCACUGAGGCAGAAAUCCGAACAAAAAUAGACGUUAUUUGUUCCAACGAUCUUAGCAAUUACUUAUCACCAACCAAAGUUGAUGAGAACUUUAUAUUUAAUAAAAUCUUAGUGAAUGUUCCAUGCUCAGCUGAUCGAUAUGCCAUAACAUCUGAUGCUGUUCAUGUGUUUAGUCCUGGGAAAAUCAAUGCACGUACUGGUUUAUCGAAAAAGCAACUAAACCUUCUUCAACAUGCGAUGUCUUUAUGCCCACCCAAUGGAGAUGUCGUCUACUCAACUUCAACGCUGUCACCAGGUCAGAAUCAAGAGCUUAUUCAAUCGUUUAUUGUCAACAAUUCAAACAUCGGUAAUUUCGCCCUGGUCAACAUGAAACCUUUGUACAAUUUACUCAACAGCUGUUAUUCUAAACUAGGCAUAAAAGUGAUCCCGAUCCACCUGCCAUUAUUCGAUAACAGAAGCAUCAGUGACAAGUCCAAAUCAUCUGACAUUUGUCAUGCUUUACUUAUUGUUCCCUCUAUCUCUUGUAAUUAUGGUCCUACAUUUAUAGCUAAAUUUAGACGUCUUACCUAA